UCCGGCCGGGUGCCUCUCCCAGUCCCGCCCGUCGCCGCAUCACCUGACCUCCUUGCGCUGUGUCUGGCCGCAACGCCGUGUGCGCGCGUGCGCGGUUGGCUUGCCCGUUGCUGGGAGGAGCUACGGUGCUCCAGCCGCAGGUCACCUCACUAGAGGUCGAUGCUAUCCCCGAGCCGCGGCCCUUCGCCAGAGCUCCCGCAAUGCGCCGUCCAAGGCUGUACCUCUUUGUCCUCGCGCUGGGUGGCGCUCCAGCCUAUGGCUGGCAGGCACGGUUGGACAACAAGGUGCGAGGUCCGCAGGACGGCCGGGAUGGCGGGAUGUGCGUGCAGGCUAGGCCACCGGCCGCGUGGUCUGCACAGGGAGUCCAGCAGGCGAUGUGGGUCUCAGAGGCCUUCUACGACUCACCGGCAAGGCCUUCGAACGUCGAUCUGAGCGGCAGGAGGCACGGUACUAGAAGGCGUGUGGUGGCCGUCAGAGGACGUGUCGGCGAGCGUGACGAACCGGCCGCAGGACAGUGGCGGCUUGCCACAACGCAAGAACUCACCAAGCUCUGGUGGGAUCGGGCCGGAGAGCAGCGCCGUGUAGUGGUCAGCGUGUCAAGGUUCUUUAGCUGGCCGAGGGUCACCGGUAGGGGGGCAGAGAUGUUGUUUUCCGGGGGGCCAGAGAUGUUGUUUUCCUGGUGGCCGAGCAUGGUGAGGUUGGAGCAGUUGCCUGUCACCGAGCAUGGUGUUGUUUUCCUGGCGCGCCGUGGAGGUUCUCGAGGCUGGCCGUCCGGCCCACGGCGGAGCUCCUCGAGGCUGGCCAUCCAGCCGCCUUCGAUCUGA